CAUAGUAAAUGGUUUUUCUGGCGAGAAAAAGCUAUGGGAUACCGUUGUAAGAAUGUGCUGAAGGAUUGUAGUGGUCAUGUGGUGGUUUUGGCUGGGGAGGGCACCAACCCAGCAUCCGAGUGGCUCUCCCUAGAACAAGAACUUACCGAAGCCCUGAAAGCCUGUAGCGCCGCGGUGUGCUCCGAGGCGGGCGCGCGGGCGGCGCUGGGCGGCGCCGGGAGGGCGCGGGCGCUGCUGCCGCUGCUGACACAGGCACUGUUGGAUUUGCCGAACACGUGGUCGCUGGAGUCGGCGCGCAAGCUGACGCGGCAGAACGCGGUCACCAGCAAGACUAACAACAGACAAGGGGGCGAGCGCAACGCGCAGGGCGCGGGCGUGUGGCGCCGCGUGCGGCUCAAGCUGGAGGGACGGGACCGCGACCCCGCGCGCCGCCUGCCGCCCAGCGAACAGGUGGAAUACAUAAUAUCGGAAGCGACGAGCGCGGACAACCUGUGCAUGAUGUACGAGGGGUGGAUGGCCUGGGUAUGAGCCGGCCUACUGGCCUAGCCGUCCUCUACUGGCCUCCACUGGCCUCUGCUGGCCUCCCCACGGCCUCUCGCCGCCUCGUGCCCGCCAGCGCCGCCCGGCCCGCGCGCCGCACGAGCAGAAGAACUUAUGACUUCAAAUAUUCAAU